AUGCCUGUGGGUCUUUCGCGCGGAUCCGCUUCCAAAGUAAAGCGUCGCAUGUUCCCCUCCGGUAUUAAGGACGGCUGUGCCGACGGAGCGCGACCGAAGCGAAGUAGGUUGUGGUCCCUCGGCGGGUCGGACGUGUUUGACAUUAGAGGCGUAGCGGGCCGCGUGCCACUGGGCGAAGUGGCGAUGCAGAGGUCCCAAACUCAUUCAAAUGCAAUCUCAACGAGAGCGAACGCGCCAAAGCAGACGUCGGGGCACCUAAAUGACCUGAUGAGUUUGAAUUUCGAAAAUGUGCAUUCGAAAAUUGUCUCUUCGUGUUUGUUGUUUCUUAGUGAAAUUGGCGUGUUUGCGACGCCUGCCACGGCGGGCGGAGUGCGCUGUCGCGGUCCCGCCGGAUGCCAAUCAAAGCGCGCGCCAGUGGCGACUAAUCAGCUACUGCGCGAAGUGAGACGGUCGCCCGCGCGGGCGCGUCAUCUGAUCACUCGUCGGGGCCGCGGCGAACGCGCCGUA